AUGUUGAACAAGUUCAUCAAGAUGGGUCUGGAAAAUUACAGAUAUGAGAGUGCCGAAGAAAUCCAAACCUUCCAUUCCACUCUUGUGAGCACGUUCCGAACGGGUCAAACUAGAGACAUCGCUUGGCGCAAAUGGCAGCUCAAGCAGCUCUGGUGGUUGGUAGAGGACAAUGAACAGGCUAUUCUUGAUGCCAUCAAGGAUGAUCUCAAUCGGUCUGAAGUCGAAAGCUAUCUCACGGAUCUUGCCGGUAUCCGCAAAGAUAUACUAUAUCACCUGGAUAAUAUAGAUGCCUGGGCAGCAGAUGAGAAGAUCGGGGACAGUUUCAUUGCAAGACGACUUGGCCUAGCACGAAUCCGAAAAGAGCCACUCGGCCUGGUCCUCAUUAUCGGUGCAUGGAAUUUCCCAGUACUGCUGGUUCUGCAGCCUCUCAUCGCGGCCAUCACCGCGGGCUGCUGCGCCAUCAUAAAGCCAUCUGAGAUAACUGUGGCAUGUCAAAAUCUCCUCCGAGACCUGGUUACCCAAUAUCUUGAUCCUACAGCGAUCAGAUUGGUCUGUGCUGGCGUUCCUGAGACGACGAAGCUCCUUGAACUCCCUUUCAAUUACAUCUUCUUUACCGGCUCCGCGAAUGUGGGCCGACAUAUCAGUGCAGCAGCAGCAAUCCAUCUGACCCCUGUAACCAUGGAGUUAGGUGGUCAAUCUCCUGCCAUCAUCGGUCAAUCAGCAGAUGUGGAGCGCGCUGCCAAAUGUAUUGCGUAUUGCAAAUUCCUCAAUGCCGGACAGAUCUGUCUGGCAGUCAAUCAUGUCUUCGUGGAUCCAGCGGUGCAUGACGCGUUUGUAGACCGAUUGCAGUACUGGAACAAUCAAUUUUUGAAUGGGGAACAAACGAUCACCACGGCCAUUGUCAGUCGGCAACAUUGGGACCGUUUAUUUAGCCUUUUGUACCAGACGAAAGGGACGAUUCUCUGCGGCGCAGGUGGGAGUGAUGAAUCGCAUCGGAUGGAGCCAACCGUUGUAGUAGAACUUGAUAUGAACGAUGCGCUACUAGCCGAAGAGAUCUUUGGUCCCAUCUGUCCUGUGGUCAAGGCAGAUGUACGUCAGGCCUGCCAGGCAAUUAAUGGAAGGGAACAUCCCCUGGCCCUGUACAUUUUCAGCUCCGACAGCUCCGAAAUCCAGAAUAUACUUGAUAACACGAAUUCGGGUGGAGUCACAUUGAACGAUGUCAUCCUCCAUGCAGGAUUCCCGGGUGCUCCUUUUGGCGGUGUUGGUGGCAGCGGACAUGGUUACUAUCAUGGUUCGUAUGGAUUCAAGACAUUUUCGCAUCUCCGGACUGUUGUCAGUUCGCCGAAAUGGUUCGACCGUCUGCUAGCAUUCCGAUAUCCACCAUUCGAUGCGGCCAAGAAAUCCAAAAUCCCGCAAACCAAGGCUAAGUUCAAACGGGGGAAACAAUCCAGGAUCAACGGCGUGAAGGGUCUGGAAUGGUUGGGUCCAAACUUGCAGUUGCCACAGCUCUUUGUGGGAUUGCCUUUUAUUAUUACUCCUACUCCAAAUGAUACCGCAUAUGUCCUUCGAAAUCAUAACAAAGGAGAUCAACUGUCUGAUUGCCCAAAGUCCGCAUCGUCUUUCCAUUUUAUCUAA